CGAACCUGCUGCAGAAGAGGAGGCCAACGAAGAACAAGAUGGAGAAGGGGAAGCAGAGGAGGGAGAAGAGGAGGAAGCCAAGCCAAAAUUCAAGCCAUUUAUCAUGCCAAACCUUAUUCCCCCUAAGAUCCCAGAUGGCGAGAGGGUGGAUUUUGAUGAUAUACAUCGCAAGAGAAUGGAGAAGGACCUGAUGGAGCUUCAAACUUUAAUCGAGGUUCACUUCGAAAGCAGAAAGAAGGAAGAAGAAGAGCUCAUUCAGCUCAAAGAAAGGAUUGAGAAGCGUCGCUCUGAGCGAGCAGAGCAGCAAAGAAUUCGCAGCGAGCGAGAUAAAGAGCGACAGAAGCGUCUUGAGGAUGAGAGGAUUCGCAAGGAGGAGGAGGAGGCCAAAAAGAGGGCAGAGGAUGAUGCAAAGAAAAAGAAAACCCUCACCAGCCUCCACUUUGGAGGUUACAUGCAAAAGCUGACAGACAAACGGAGUGGCAAGAGGCAGACAGAGAGAGAAAAGAAGAAGAAGAUCCUGAAUGAAAGGCGCAAAUCUCUGGACAUCGAGAACAUGAGUCAGGAAAGACUCAAAGAGAAAGCUAAGGAACUGUGGGAGUGGAUCCAGCAGUUGGAGGCAGAGAAGUUUGAUCUGCAGUACCAAUUCACCAGACAGAAAUAUGAGAUUAAUGUGCUGAGGAACCGUGUGAGCGACCAUCAGAAAACGUCAAAGAGGACCAAGAGAGGACUGAGGAAAUAGAUGCUGAUGUGCUGAGUGACAAGUAUUAUCAUCAGCCCUGUCAUGCAGCCACUGCCUCAAACCAAGCCCUGGCUUUACUGUCACACCCAAGUCACACUUAUCUUCUUACUGUUGCCUUAAGCACAACUUGGGUCCAGUUUUCCAGCCUUAUCUCUCGCUCUACUUUUUCAG